AUGGCUCAACCUUUGAGUCGUGUCAAGCGAGAGCAACUGCGAAAACGCCGAAAUAACCUAUUGCGGCGCCAUAAUGAGUUUUGGCUUUUGUACGGGAUGAAGACAUGGCUUAUCAUGGAACAGCCAGAUGGGCAGAUUUUUACCUACCAUUCGCAUCCUCACGUUCCUCCGCCCUCACGAGAGGUUAUUAAAAAACGCUCGCUUGUGAACAAAAUACCGCGUGAUUAUGAUUCUCCGGCCUCUGCCCAGCCGGUCGAGACGAAGUCUCCAGUGAUCUCCUCGCCGGAGCGACAGGAUGAUAUUUGGGAAAUACUGGCGGGGCAUCUCAAGCACGAUCGACCUACAAAUCAGCAGUACCAUGGCAAACCUUAG